AUGGGUCUCUUAUUCAGUGAAACAUUCAAGAAGUGGUUCGGAAACCGUGAAACACGUGUCCUCAUGCUCGGUCUCGAUGCUGCAGGCAAGACAACAGUCCUUUAUAAGCUUAAGCUUGGUGAACAUGUUACAACAAUCCCAACAAUUGGUUUUAACGUCGAAACAAUCGAGUACAAAGGUUUCAAUAUGAAUGUUUGGGAUGUCGGUGGCCAGGACAGAAUCCGUGCUCUCUGGCGCCACUAUUUCCAUAAUACUCAAGGCCUCAUCUUCGUUGUCGAUUCUAACGAUGUUGGCCGUAUCGAUGAAGCCCGCGACGAACUCCACAAGCUUCUCGAAGAGGAUGAGCUCCGCGAUUCAAUCCUUCUCGUUUAUGCUAACAAGCAAGAUCUUCCAAAUGCUGUUAAGCCACAAGAACUUGGUAACAGACUUCGCCUUAACACUAUUACAAACCGCCCAUGGCAAGUUCAGGGCUGCUGCGCUACAACAGGUGAUGGCUUAUACGAAGGCCUUGACUGGCUUGGUGAUCAGAUCAACCAGCACUUCUAA